ACUCCACACCGUACCAUGGGGGCCGCCAUCUUGGAACGUACCAAGAGGAACGCCGACGCAGGGGGACCAGGCCUCGAGGGGCGGGCCCAGAGGGCCCCCGCCGGAAGUGGACCGAUCCUCUUGGGCGCUGUGGGCUGCAAGCGGUCGCGGCGUCUCCCCUCUCCGGAUCCCGCAGUUGGUGCGGCCCGGGACAAUAUGGCUACAACGCGUCGGGCCUUGGAACGAGUUCGGCUGAGGGCGCAGUGGCCUGCGGUGUAUGCGGGGCGCACUGGCUCUGGCUCCACCUGCUGUUGCUUCCCCGUCGGAGCUAAAAGAUACCUACUUACAGACAGUAUUGUGAAAUUAAAAGAAUUUCAACAUAAGAAGAUGGCUAUUGCAUAUAAUCUUCCUGGCACAAAAGAGACCUACUUUAAAAACUUGGAAGAGAAAGUGACCCAGAACAAACUCAUCCUGAAAGAAGAGUUGAAAAAGUUGCUCUACUUGUGUCAAUCCCGGGAAGAUAUGGAACUGGCUAAAAAUGUCAUUUACAGGUACCAUGCAGAGAACAGAAAUUUCACUCUGGGGGAAUAUAAGUUUGGACCAGUUUUCAUGAGACUGUGCUAUGAACUGGAUCUUGAAGAAUCUGCAAUGGAGCUCAUCAAAGACAAGCAUUUACAAGGUUUCUUCGUAGACUCAACAUCAUUUAAUAUUUUGAUGGAUAUACUGUUUAUCAAAGGCAAAUAUGAAAGUGCAAUGGAAGUAUUGGCUGAAAUGAGAAAACAAGAUGUGAGGCUCAGCAAAGAUAGCUAUGUCCUUGCUUUUGCAAUUUGCUACAAACUGAAUACCCCGGAAUCUUUCAAAAUCUGUACCACAUUAAGAGAAGAAGCCCUAAUUAAGGGGAAAAUUCUCUCCCGGAGAGCUUCCUGUUUUGCUGUGGCAUUAGCUCUGAAUCAGAACCAACUGGAAAAAGCUAUGUCUAUUUUUUCUCAAAUCAUCAAUCCAGAGAGUAUAACCUGCACUAAUUUAAAUAUUAUAAUCCAUAUCCAGUCAAAUAUGUUGGAAAACCUGAUGAAGAUAUUACAGGAUGCUGCUGAUAGAAAUUUAUCCAAGUUUGUGAAAAGACAUGAGUUCUCAGAGGAAGUGCUGACCAAAGUGAGGGAAAAAGUGAAGGACUGCCCUACCCUUUUGGCCAGAUUUGAUGAGAUCUAUGGAAAGCUGCACAUAAAUGGCCAAGUCACCUCUUACAGUUUGGAUACUCUGCUCUGCCAAGUCCCCAGGGACAGGAAAUCUAACACACUGCUGUUGAGGAAGAAGACAGUCAGCCAUCGGACCUUACAGUCUCUCAGCCAGUGCCUGAUGUCUGAGUAACUAUUUUCAGCCAUCUGUAUGUCUAGAGAAUCUGCUGCAAGUUACCUGCUUCAAGUGAAUUACUGGCUCCUCUAAGAUGCUGGGUAUCUUACUUCAGUGGCUAGCACUCGGUCUCCUCCUCAAGUCCCAAGUUCACUGAGUGGUAACUUACUGAUCAGAGAGGUUAAGAUAUGCCACUGUGAAGAACUAAAGAGGGAAAGCACUGUUCCCUCAGAAAGGCGGCUUCCCAUGUCAUGAUCUCCAGUACAGCUCAGCACCAGAGUGGAACCCAGUAAGUACUAGUGGGAAGGAAUUUCCAUGUAAGUGUGAUCAGCCUUGACUGACUGGCCUUUCAGAGGAAUAGCAACGCCUUGCAAGUUAUGCCCCCACUAAAUUCAGGAUCUGAAACCCUAGCCUACCAUGCUUGGAAAUGACCAAGGAUUUUUCUCAUUUCUCUGCCAUCAUUUUUCCAUCUGCAGAACAGUGCGUCUGUGUCCUUGGAUAGCUUGAAAUUUUCAUUCGAAGUUCAGUAAAGCUAAAUUUUCUCCAAAAUAAAGUUAAAAGGCAUCUGGAUAAAAUUUUGAAAUUGUGUUCACUUUCUAUUAUGUAACAUAUAAACAAAACUAGAAUUUAGCUUUCAAAAUGGAUAUGUCAAAUUUAAAUGAUUAAUGCUUUGAUCUUGGACAAGCCAUAAAUACCAAUAAAAACCAUGUAAUGCUUAGUUUUUUAUUUUUAUUAUCAUGAUUGUUGUAAAGAUGUGUCAUGACAGCAGGUCAAGCUUCUGUGACAGUUUGAAAUCCAGCAUCCAGCAAAUUUUGCGUGUCUCGUCACAAACAUGUGGAAGACCCACAGGAGCCCAUCUUGUUCUUUGUUUCUGAAGGCACCGAGGGAUGUUGAGCCCAGCAGCAGAAGCCAAGCAUGCUGAGACUUGUUCUUCACUGCCUCUUCCAAAAUAAAGGCUGUUCCCUUUAUUGAUUUCUGAGGUAGAAAUUCUCCAUAGAAUCAGAAAUUUAAAGUUGGAAAAUCUCCCCAAGUAUCCUAACUUGCUCAUCUCUCAGGUUGAGGAAAUGGCUUGUUCACACUGGCAUGGCUAAUUUGGGGUGGAGCUAUUCUAAAGUUUAGAUUCCUGGUCUGCAUUGUCCCACUUGUAUCUCUUCUGAGGCAAAAGAAGUUCUUUUUGAGGCAAAAGAGAUUUCCAGAGCACUAAGGACUGCCGUGGCUUCCUGGGUGACUGUAGACUCCUAGUCAGUUUGUUCAGUUGUAAAGGGGGCUAAUGGCUCAGAGUGAGAGUGAACUGAUAGUGUGAAGCAGGCAGACAGUGCCCAGCACAUAGUAAGUGUUAUGUCAAAUUAACUAUCGUUACCACCUUAGGUGGCAUUUAGAAUGUUCCCACCUAGUUGAAGAGUUACGUGAACAGAUGAGUUCUCAGAAAUACCAGAAGAAUUUUGCUUGUGCUCCAUGAAACAUUAGACAGUCUCAUUUAAAGUAAUGGAACGUCUGUCUUCAUAGAAGCUUAAUGGCUUCUAUGUCUGUCCAGUGUUUUAUAAACAAAAAGUAUUUUCUGCCUUCAGAGCCUUAGAGAAUAGAGCAUGCUUCCUGUCCCCCCCCCCACCACCUUGUGUCUUCUCACAUAAGUGACUAUAAUGCCAUGUGUUAGGUACCAACCGUUCAUUAACAAAAAAGCAAAAAA